UGGAUGAAAGUUGUUAUUACAAGUUAGUUUUUCUAGUUUGAGUUAGUUAGAGUUAGUUUGUUUCUAACUCUUAUAAAUACAUUGUUCUGUAAUCCUUUUGGAAUGUAAUCAAUUUCUAAAUCAAUGAUAUUCACAUUUUCAUCUUCUCUCUCAAAAUCAAACAUGGUAUCAAGAGCCUUGAGUGGGUAACAAUUGUCUUCCGCAAUGGCUUCCUCAUUCAAUCUGCAAACCUUCAACACACCUAUAUCCACAAAACUUGAUGAUGAAAACUUUCUCAUCUGGGAACAACAAGUUCAUGCUACAAUUCGUGGAUUCAACCUUGGGAAAUACCUUCUUGAAAACUCAGUUCCAGAAAAAUUCAAGACCAAAGAAGAUGAAGCAGAAAACAAGAUCAGGGAAGAAUAUUUGCAGUAUGACCAACAAGAUCAACUAGUAGUGGCAUGGCUAUUGGCAUCAAUGACUACUCCUAUCUUGACAAAAAUGGUUGGACUGGUGCGCACUCAUCAAAUAUGGAAACGGCUGGAAACCUAUUUUGCAUCACAGACCCGAGCAAAGAUCAAGAAACUAAAGCUACAGUUACAAAUGUCAAAGAAAAACAGCACGGUAACAAAAUAUCUUCUUUCAAUUAAAAAGACUGUAGAUUCACUAGCAGCUGUUGGUUCACCAAUUUCAGAAGAAGAACAUAUUGAGGCCAUUCUUGAUGGGCUUCCGGAAGAAUUUGAUUCUUUUAUUACAUGUAUUACAUCUCGUUUGGAUCCUUACUCAGUAGAUGAUAUUGAGGCACUGUUAUUAGCACAAGAAGAAAGAUUUGAGAAACACAGAAAGACAGAACAAAAUUUCAUUCAAGCAAAUACUGCAACAGUAAACUCUCAAAUGGGUCAUUUUGGAAGAGGAAGAGGAGAACAACAAUAUGCCCGUGGCACCAAUUAUGGUCGUGGAGGAAGAAACAACAAUAGAGGCGGCUUCAAUAACUAUGAAGAGGAAGAAAUACAUCCGGAAGAGGAUUUGACAGAAACAAUUGGUUUCAAUCCAAUCAAAAUAAUUGGAAUAAUCCUAAACUGCAGUGUCAGAUUUGUGGAAAAUUUGGGCAUGUGGCUAUUGAUUGUUGGCAGAGGUAUAAUCAAGAAUUUCAACAACCUCCACAGGCUAAUACCUCUCAAUUUCAUUCCAAUGCAUCAGUCCAUUCUGACCAAGGAAGCAUUGCCAUUCCAUCAACUGUUCAAGAUCCUUUGUGGUAUCCUGAUAGUGGGGCCUCACAUCAUAUGACCAAUGAUGAAGCAAAUCUGUUAGCCAAAUCCUCCUAUCAAGGCUCGGACAAUGUCAAAAUUGGUAAUGGUGCAGGAUACCAACCAGAUUAUUCUGCAAGGUAGGCUUCAGCAAGGCCUAUAUGUUUUUCCAAACUUAAAGACAACUGAUUCUUAUUCUGCUUAUCAAGCUGUCACAGAACUUAAUUCUGCUCAAUCCUUUAGCAAUCUUCAGUUGUGGCAUGCAAGACUUGGCCACCCCUCCUCCAAAAUAGUCAAAACUGUUUUAGAUAAAUGUCAAAUUUCUUGUAAUACUAAUAACAAUCUUAACUGUCACUCUUGCUGUUUAGGGAAAGUACAUCAAUUACCUUUUAUACAAUCUACAACUGUAUAUUCUAAGCCAUUAGAGCUUGUGUUUACUGACAUAUGGGGACCUUCUCCUAUUGCUUCCACUGA